AAAGAUGGGAAACGCAAAGGUGUUGCUGGUGAUGUUGGUGAUUGCAGUGAGCACAGGAACGUGCAGGUGUGGAGUUGAAGAGGUAGCAGACGCAGCCCAACAGAAAGCAGAGGAGGCCCAGCAGGCGGCCCCAGCCGUUGUCGAGGAUGCCAAGGAAACCACCGAGACAUGGGCUAAUUGGGCUUAUGACAAGUUCUCCGAAACUAUCGGCUUGAAGAAGGAGGAAGGAGAUCAAGAAGUGGCUCAAACCCAGAAAAUUUCAACCGAUGAUACUACAAACAAGAUCCAAGACGCAGCGACCGAAGCCUACAACAAAGCUGGUGAGCAGAUGCAGACGGCGAAGGCGAAAGCUUCAGAAAUGGCGCAAAAUGCCAAGGAACAAGCAACCAAUGUGAUGGACAAGGCAUCCGAAACGGCUUCUGACGCAAAAGAAGGCGUCAAAGGCAAAGUAUCACGGGCUACAGAAAACGUGGGUGAGGCAGCCAAGAUGGCCAAGGACACCGUCAUUGAAAAGGCCCAAUCUGCGGAUGUAAAAGCCAAAGUAUCACAGGCUACAGAAAACGCCGGUGAAGCAGCCAAGGCGGUCAAGGACACCGUCAUUGAAAAGGCCGGAUCUGCGGACGUGAAAGGCAAAGUAUCACGGGCUACAGAAAACGCCGGUGAGGCAGCCAAGGUGGUCAAGGACACCGUCAUUGACAAGUCUGCAGACGUGAAAGGCAAAGUAUCACAGGCUACAGAAAACGCCGGCGAGGCGGGCAAGGUGGCCAAGGACACCGUCAUUGAAAAGGCCCAAUCUGCAGACAUGAAGGGCAAGGUAUCACGAGCGACAGAAAACGUGGGUGAGUCAGCCAAGGUGGCGAAGGACACCGUCAUUGAAAAGGCAGAUUCUAUGGACAUGAGAGGCAAAGUAUCACAAGCCACAGAGACCGUGGGUGGGACUGCCAAGAUCGCCAAGGACACCGUCACUGAAAAAGCCGAGUCUUUCAAACAAACGAUGUCGCAGCCCGCGGCCAAUCUCUGA